GCCAGGGCCGCCGCGGCUGCGGCCACGGCCGCCGCGGCAGGCGCGGGCGUGGGCGCCGAGCCCCUGGUGCACGCCGCGAGUGAGGGCGACCUGGUGCGGCUGCGUGCCCAGGGUGCGGGCUCGGGGCGCCGCUGCGAUGACCUCUCUCUCCCUCGCGGCGUCUACGGCAAGCUGGUAGAGCUGGCGCGGCGGCGCGGCGGCCGGACCGUAUCGGCGGCAGGCACGGACGGCGCGAUCUUCCUGGUGUUGCUGCGCUACCAGUCAUUGGGCGGGGACGGCUUCCAGCUCGCGCUGCCGGCCGAGGGCUUCCUGGCCCUGAAGCGGCUCUUCGGCGUGCGGUUCGAGUGCUUCGCCUCGCCCCUGAAUUGCUUCUGGGAGCGCUUCUGCUCCGCGUUCCCGGACACGGACGGCCCGUUCGGCUCCGUGGGCUCGUUCCUGGACUUCUGGCCGCGCUCGGGGAGCUUCGAGGCCAAUCCCCCGUUCGCGCCUGGGAUCAUGGCUGCAGCGGUUGACCACGUGGAGCGACUCGUCGGGGCCAAGGACGCAGGACCCCUGUCCUUCGCCUUCAUCGUCCCCGCCUGGGAGCAGUCGGCCGCCUGGGAGGCGCUGCUGCGGUCGCCGUUCCGCACGGCGGAGCCGCUCCGCGUGCCGCGCGAGCGGCACGUGUGGCGCGACCCGGCGCUCCGGCACCGCCGCGCCCCGGUGGACACCGCCGUGGUGUUCCUGCAGAACGCCGCGGGGGCGCGCCGCUGGCCCGCCUCGCGGGCCCGCCUGCGGCAGCUGCGGGCGGCCUGCUGCGGCGAGGCCGCGCCGCUGCCGCCGCGGAAGCGGCCCGCCGAGGGCGGUGACGCGCCGGCGCAGCGGCGCCUCGCGCGGCGGGCCGCGGCGCCGCGGGGCCUCGCGCCGCGCGCCGGCGCCGAGGAAGAGGCACCUCUGCCCGUGGGUCCGAAGCCUUCAGCGUCGCUCGGACGUGUGCCAUCGAGGACCAUCGAGGAGCAUCGAUUGGCAUCCUGGAGCAUCCUGGAGCAUCGAACAGCGCCGCCGCCCGCUGUCACGGCGCAGACCGCCGCUGGCGCGCCACCCUGA